UUUUCAGCAGCAGCUGUUGGGAGAGAUCAUUCAAAUCAAAACUUGUCAAAACACACACACAACACCAAUUUCAUAUAUGUUUCUGAGAAUUCAGCUGAGUCAGUAAAAUUAACGUCAAAGGCACCACAGCACAACACUUCUUUGUUUUGUUUUGUAUGGUUGUUUUCAGCAGUUUCAUCAUAUGGUGUUUAACAUCAUGUUUGUGUUUAAAUAAUUAAUUCAGCUUCUUUUUAAACUGCUUAGUUCUUGAUCCUGUGUUGAACUAAAACAAUGGGAGGUUUUGCAAAACAAAACUUUAACACAUGUCUGUGUUUCAUAAUUUUGCAAGGCAGGACAGCCACUCACAGUCUGUACUAUUUGCUUUAUACUUUUGCAUCAUAGUUGACUAAAAACAAAUACGCCUGACUGUUUCUAGCUUCUGUGAAUCAAAAGGUACAACGCACUGCUCUGUUCUAUUUGUUACUACAAAAAGUAAAGCACAUUUGACCUCAUUAGUUUUCUCUGCAGCAAACAGUUAACGGUGACAGCAAUCAGAUAGUUGCUGCAGGGAGGAAAGUCCAGCGUUACCGCUUUGGGUAUUUACAAGAGGUCGCAGAGAGGUUACAGAGGUUUGCAAUUAUGGUUUAAUGUGCUGCCUUGUGUAAAUUAGCAUCCUCAGAUAACAAUCAUCUGCAUUAUUGCAAAAAGCUGCUGUUUUCAAGUCUAACACAGGGUACAAUAUUAUUAAGUUAGUGUUGAUUUAUGAUUGUAGUACCUUAUUUCAAUUAUUUUCUGAUUAUCUGAUUUUGCAUUUCUUUUUAUCCUCACAAUGUUUCCCUACUAGUUUCAAGUGAAUAUUACAGUCAAAGCAAGUUAAUAUUCAAACCAAACAAUUCCUUGAUGACUGAAACCAUCAACCUCUUGCAAAAUUAAUGACUGAGCACACUAUGUGGAUACAUAAAAAGGACUAUAGAUUAACAUGAAAAAAUAGUCCUCAGUCAUUUUUCAUUAAAAAAUCCUCUAACACAUGUAUAUUAUGUUCAAACAUUUGCAAUUGUUGGGCUGAUGGACAAUGUCAUUGGUGGUGGCAAUGUUUCUUUUCUGCUGGCCACUGUUCUUUGGUACAGCCAGCCAGCUAACUUUGUUUCAAGGUUCUGAAGUUACAGACAUGUCAUGUGAUGGUGAUGAUGAUGACACCUGGCACAGGGAUGGAUGUCGAUUAGGACGGCUGGGUGAGAUCAGUGGGCUACACCGGGAGACACUGGCAGUUCUUCACAAAUGCCAUAUCGCCAUCAGACAAUAACUGAUGGGUUCCAAGGUUGCUGUUUACAUGAUGAAUGAAACGGCUCCUGUCACCAUCACCUCAAAGGGAAUCCAUACAGGUAUAUACUGCUUGUUUUAUGUUGCAUUAUUCAUAACCUGACCUUUAUCAGGGCUUAUACUAUUUGGCUAUAAAUAGUAUGCUUAUUGUCAUGUGCUGGGGCAUUACAAGACCAGUCACUUAGACUACUGGGUCCCCAUAUUUAAUCAACCAGAAGACAGGUUAUAUGGUAUUGGAGAGCAGAAUCUGUCAUGUAUGAGCCUUACUGUAACAUGGAAUAUGUCCUAUAGUUAUUUAUUUGGCAGGUUUACAAAACCCUUGAGGAUUAAGUUAUAUAACGCUGCUCAGCAUACACAUCGCUGUUUAUUCCUCGGCUCCAUUUUCAUUGGCGUUUCUUCUGCAUUUAUGUAUCAGAAUGUAAGCUUCAAUUUCCAUUGCAUUUCUUGUGUUUUGUUGAAUGUCUUCAGCAUGUCUCAUGGAGAUUUCUGUAUUCAGACAAGGGUGUCAAGGCAAGGGCAAAUGUGUCCUGCAACGUGUUGUCCAGUGUUUCCAAUCAUAUCUGAGGGUGGGGGGUCUUACUUGAGUGCUGGAGUCUCCUCUCCCUGGGGAUAACAGAGAGGAUGGGACGUGAUCGGUGUUCCAGACACCAUCAAAGCUAAGCUCAUAGGCCAAGGCCAUCAGGGGCAAAACUGGACAAAUGCCCAGGAGAGGAUGGAUGCAGUUUGCCCCCUCUCCCACUGUAACAGGGUCACCUCUCAUUUGUGCAAUGUAGUAUACUUCUCUGGCUCUAGUUCCAUUUCUGCACCCCCAUUCUAUGUCUUUCUGCGUGACAGUUCACAGCAAUAAGAAACAGAUGCUUACACAUGCUUGAAGACAAACGGCCUGUGAGCAAAGAGUUAAACGAAAUCAGUAAAAUCUGGACUGAAGGCAAGAAUUCAACAAUGAUGGAAGCUGCAAAGAUAAAAAAAAAAAACAUAAGUGAUGUCUGAAGUGGUAAGGAACAUGGGGGAGGGUGAGAGGGGAGGUGGGGGUGGCACAUCAGAAGAUGAACAAGGAGGGGAAGAAUGAAAGAAGAAGAGUUUACCUUGAAGCUCUGGGGGAAGAGCGUGUGCAUGUGAUAAGGACUGAAAGCCAUGCAGAGGGUGAGGGGAGUACAGGGGGGCGGAGUGGAGACUGGAGGCUGAGCACAGCACAGAGCGAGCGAGAGGCUGAGGAGGCUGAAUCAUAGGGACAGAGAGCUGGAGUGUGUGAGAGGCUUUGUGCUUAAUGUGUGCUUCUCAGCAGAAUGAAUGAUGAGAGGACUACAGCUCCACUUUCUCCUUCACUGGAGGAUUUUUAGCUGGAUUUUACUCCCUCAAAGUCAGCACUUUAAAACUGGAAUGUGUUCUUGUUAUCAACCUCUGUCUGCACAACCGCUAUAUGGUCCGUAUCUGGAAAUGCUGGAUAGUUUCCCAGUCCAGGACAUGGUUUCCUGAGUGGCCCUUUCACCGACACAUCACACGAGGUGAAGUCUUUCAUCCUGGGCCAUGACUGCUCUACCUCCCAACAUCAGCAUUCCCGGGAGCACAGCAGUUCUGCUGCCGACUGCAGACUAUCUGUUCAAUCUGACUGCAGCUGCUCAAGCAGCACUCGGUUCAGGCCAGUCGCUGGCCCCUCUCUGUACCAUCUGCUGCUGUGGAUUUCUCAACCGCACCUUGGCUGUGGUGUUCAUGGUCAGCCUGGCAUUUGCCAUUGUGGUUGGAAAUGUGGUCACCCUCACUGUGUUUGUGCAAACAAGACAGUCUCGAACACCACAGGGAUACCUGAAAGUGUCUCUGGCCAUAGCGGACAUGAUGGUCGGCGUCCUCGUCGUCCCUUUCUCUGUCUACACUGAGAUCUCUCUGAUGGUGACCACCACUCCCCCCAUUUGGUACCAGGUUAGUUCUACUUCCCCGGCCACCUCCUCCUCUCUUGGGGGUAUAGUGAGCCCUUGGCAGCCCUGCAUGCUGAUUGGCCCAGUGUUCGCUGGAUGCACCUUUGUCUCCAUUAGCACCAUCUUCCUCAUGACACUGGAGCGAAGUGUUGCAAUCUUACGGCCCCUCCACAAGGACGCUUUGGUGACCCGGAGACGAACUCUGCUCCUCAUCCUGCUCUCCUGGGCUGCCAGCUUCCUGCUGGCUCUUGCGCCCCUCAUCUUCAGCAGCAACUUCACCUUGGAGUACAAUGAGUGCAGUCGUAUGUGUAACUACACCCCGCUGAUGUUUGGAGGCCAGCUGCCACCUGAUGCCAACAUUUUGCUGCUAUUCCCGGCAUUUGACUUCACACUGCUCGGUGGCACGUUAGCAGUUAACAUUGUGUCUUUCACAAGCAUCCGACGGUACUCCCGAAAACGCAAGCUGCUCUCUGAAGGGAGUCUGAGUGACACAGGGGGAGGAGGAGGAGCGGGAGGGUGCCCUCACAGGCCCUCCUUUUCAGACAUCAAAGCUGCCAAGACAAUUGGCAUACUAACAUUCGCCUUCACAGCAUCAUUCUCCCCCAUCGCUGUGUUUGUGCUGGGUAACGUGGUGGGAUACACCUGGUGUAACUUUUCCUUUUUUGCCUUCUGGAUCCUGACCGGAAACAGUUGCUGUAAUGUAAUUAUCUACAGUGUCAGGGACCACCGCUUCAGGAAGGGUGUGACCCUGCUUUUUCAGCGAGACCAGUCACCCCCACAUGGCGAGAAGACCUGAGGAAUAUGUGAAUUUAACCACAACAAGUGAUACUUUGUGGCUACUUUUCCAGUUUGUUUUAGGAACAGUUUGACAGUUUUGGGAAAUAUGUAUAUUAUUUCCUUGCCAAGAUGAUAGAUGCCAUGUCUGUAUAGUAAAGGUGCCAGCUUAGCUUAGCAUUAAGAUGGGAAACAGGGGAAAACAGCUAGCCUGGCUUUGACCAAAGGAAACAAAAAUCUAAAAUGCAAAAAAAAAAAAAAUUGUAAAACAACAUGGUGUGUUGUGUGAGCAUGAGAGGUUUGGACAGGGCUGAGCUAGCUGUUUCUUUCUGCUUCAGCUAAUUGCAAAAAUCACUUCAUUCAAACUAAAACUAAAUAAAAUCUACCAACAUCGUCUGGUUUGUCAAUAAGAGUAAGGUGUGAAUAUUCCGGCCACAGACCAUUUUCU